GCCAAUCAGAACUUGCUCUUUGCUGCGCUAUUAAUUUGCGCCAUAUUUUUCAUCAGCGUCCUGGUUUUGUUGGCCAUGCAAGCCUAUGAGAGUUACAAGAGCGGAGAUUACACCCAAGUGAACUAUUUAAUUAAUGGAAUUACUCCCCAGAUUGUGUGAAUCAGGGUAAAGGCUGACUGUUCUGCUCCGUUUGUGGCUGAAUCCUAAUUAACAUGCAUUGUCACUGGCGAAUCUCUUGACGAUGAUAUCCAGAUAGGGAAAAUAUUUUUUGAAAGGAAAAAAGUCUUCACACUUCUAGGAAAUGGCAGGCAAAAGAGUCCUCAUAGUCUAUGCUCAUCAGAUGCCCACUUCUAUGAAUGGAUCCUUAAAGGAUGCAGCUGUGACUGAACUAAGCAAUCAGGGCUGCCAAGUCACUGUGUCUGAUCUGUACUCCAUGAACUUUGAGCCAAGGGCCACAAGGCAAGAUUUUCUGGGUGCUUCAAGCAACUCAGAAUUCUUCAACUAUGCUGAAGAAGCACACGAGGCCUAUAAGAAGGGAUGUCUGUCCAAGGAUGUGGUUGAAGAACAGAAGAAAGUUCAAGAAGCUGAUCUAGUAAUAUUUCAGUUUCCUAUGUAUUGGCUUAGUGUACCUGCCAUCUUGAAGGGCUGGCUAGAUCGAGUGCUCUGCAAAGGAUUUGCCUUUGACAUCCCAGGAUACUUUGACAAAGGUUUCUUAAAGGAUAAAUCAGCCCUCCUUUCAUUCACUACUGGAGGGACUGCUGAGAAAUAUUUUCAAAAAGAACUUCGUGGAGAUAUUAAAUACAUCUUGUGGCCCCUACAGCAUGGUGUGUUACACUUCUGUGGUUUCCAAAUCCUCAGGCCACAGAUCAACUUUGCUCCUGAACAUGCAUCAGAAAGCAAAAGAAAGGAGAUGGUGGCAUCUUGGGCAAGGAGACUGGAGACCAUUUGGGAUGAAAAGCCAAUAAACUGCACUUCUUCCUGGUACUUUGAAAAAUAAUAUUUCAUAUUGCAUUCAAGUUUUCCUCUGAUCUUUGAAAGAUGCAAGCAGCUUCUCAGAGUACAUGAGUAUUUUUAAGAGCCCAAUAAACCUUACAACAAAAUUAAUUAUAUUCACGUAAUAAUUUCUAUAACAGGCUAUCCAGUAAUUAGGCAUAGACAUCAGUAAAUACAAAUUAUUUCACCUGAUAUUUUACCUAGGCAAGUAAAGAGUUUCUAGGGUCAACAUUUGGGAGAGAGGACAGGAGAACUGAAUCCAUAAUGAGUGGGCUUUUCCUUUCUCCCUCAGGAAACAACUGUGGCCCCAGGUUAAGGUCAGUAAGGACUAAGAGUACAUGGAGACCCAAGCUUCUUUUAUCUUUACAGAUGUCAACUUUUUUUUUUUCUUUUUGCAGUAGGAGUUAUACUGAGGAAUCACUUUUAAACAGGACAGCAUAAGCCUUAAGCUUCUGAUAGAAGGAGCUUGAGAAGACCUCAGUAUCUACCCUGGGACUCUCUUUUCCUUUCCAUCUCCUUCAUUCCAUGGUAUGUAGGAGAGUUGAUUGAGUGGAAUAGUUUAAGGGUUUUUAAAAAGAGAAGGAAAAAAAGUUUGUUUACUCCUUUUUAACUUUUGUAUUACGCACAUAAUUACAUAACCUCGAGCAAAUUGCUUAAUCUCUUUGACCUCAGUUUUCUCAUCUGUAAACUGAGAGGGUUGGGUUAGAUGUUCUCUGAGUUCUCUUUUAGCUCUAAUUCUGUCAUUCUAUGAGGAACAAAGCCAAACCAUGAUAACUAUCCAAAGACUGGAUAGAAAAAGGCCAGAGAAAAUAGGAACAACAACAACAAAAAGAUAAAAUGAUAUCAACAAGUUGGAAGGAAUGGAAAAGUUGUAUUAGAUGAAACUUCCCAGCUGGCCUUCAAAAAAGAGAAUAAAAAACAAGAAGGAUUUGCUCAGAGAAACAAACUGGGUUUUAAGAAGAUAAUUAGAGAACAUUUAGACUUAGGAGUAGGUGGUGGAAAGAUAGAUGGGAGACAGUGGUACUUUCCCUAAUUCAUCUUGUUUUAGUAACUUGUAAUAACUUCAAAAGCUGCUCCCUCUGGAGACCCAGCUGGGUGGAAAAAAACAGUAGAGUACUUAGAAAGCAACUUGGUUAAAUUCUUCUUUCCAGGCAUCUUUUUACUGGUUCCUCUUAGAAUCUGGCUUUUGGAACAAUUAUUCUCCUGUUGCACUGUAGCUGAUGAUGAGUCUGGUCUGAGAGUCCACAGAUGUUACCCAGCACAUGUAAAGCAUAUGAAAAAGACCAAAAAAAAAACCCAAAAACAAAAAGAACAGCUCCCAAUUUAGAUGCUGCAGUUUCAUCCCUGUUGCUUUUUCUCUUUUCAUCAUUUAAAAAACUUAAUCAAGGACAGAUCUCAGAGGUGACAUCUCUCUCGACUUGAAAUCUAGUCAAUGCAAUAGUAUUCCUUGGAUUUUAGUUAACAUAUAUUUGGUUCUUUUUUUUUUUUUAACCCUUACCUUCCGUCUUGGAGUCAAUACUGUGUAUUGGCUCCAAGGCAGAAGAGUGGUAAGGGCUAGGCAAUGAGGGUCAAGUGACUUGCCCAGGGUCACACAGCUGGGAAGUGUCUGAGAUCAUAUUUGAACCUAGGACCUCCCAUCUCUAGGUCUGACUCUCAAUCCACUGAGCUACCCAGCUGCCCCCUCAACAAGUAUUUGUUAAUUGCUUACUUUGCGCCAGGCACUUUGCUAAGCCCAAGAGAUAUAAAUAUAAACAAGAAGAAAAGCAGUCCCUGCCCUCACAGAGUAACCACUGAAACAGGAAAAGAUAUUAAAGGGAGCUAAAAUCUGAAGAGCUAGGAGAGGAAUGAAGGAUGACUAGCCUGGGACUAUUCCUCCAAAAAGAUGUUCUGAAGGAACUCACCAAUGAGAGAACAGGUCACAGGGGCAGAGGGAUGAGGAGACAGCUGAGGCAGGCUAGUAAAGUCCAGAGCAGAGCCAGGAGAAGAAGCCUGGGGCAUUGAAUUUUAGAGCAACUCUGUGUUAGAUUGUUGAAAGACAUUUCCUCCCUCACACACACAACGUUUGAUGAUGGUAGUGUUGAAUGUCCAGGCAAAGUCAUUGAGAAUACAAACAUGGGAAAGUGAGGAAGAAAAUGAAAUGAAUAUUAAAAUCUUUAGCUAAAUGAGGCAACAUUUCCAAUUAUGCUUAAAAAGUAUAGGCUGCUAUGAAUGGAGUUACAAAUGCUUUUCAAUGACCUAAAUUGAAAAAAUAUUCAGCUAUAAGUAGGAUGAAAUAAAUGAAAAGUGAGUGGGGAAAAGGGCUCAUUUAAAUCAGGAACAGGGGUCAUAGUUUAUCUUCUCCCAUUAUCCUAUUCCAAAGCACCUGUUGCUAUGGAAUCCUCUUAUCCACAAAAGAGGAUUUUAAAGGCUAGGGAGAACAUUAAAAGAAAAAGGCUGUUUCACUCUUCAUAAUUUCAUGUAGGUUUUUCCAUGUUUUUCCAAAAUUAACUUGUUUGCCAUUUCUUAUGGUGCAGGAGCAUUCCAUAUAGCAACAGAAAUAUUGUUUGAAGAAUGUCUCAUGUAUGUCCCUAGAGAGAACAUUGAUAAACAGAAACGAAUAAGACCUAGUUUUAUGUAUACAUAUAUAUUUUUGCCAAAUGAUGCCUUCUCUAAUGGGAGAAGGGGAAGGAAGCAGCUUGGUGGCUCAGUGGAUAGAAUGCUAUAUCUAGAAUCAGGAGAUCUGAGUUCAGAUGUGACCUUUGACACUUAUUAGUUGUGUGACCCUCGACAAGUCAUGUAACCCUGUUUUCUUUAACUUCCUCAUCUAGAAAAUGAACAGGAGAAGGAAAUGGCAAGCCACUCUAGUAUCUUUGCCAUGAAAAUUCCAAACAGGGUCCCGAAGAAUCAGACAUGACUGAACAACAAACAUUUCAGUAAUAUCAUUUUGACAACUGAGUAGAGGCAGUGAGGAAGGACCUUUGGCAGUUUUACCAACCAGCAGGCUCCCAGGCAUGAGGCAUGAGGCUUAUACUAGGCAGGUGACCGUCAGAGGAGAGAAGGAAGACUAUUUGAGAAUUAUUAGGAAGGGAAAAUCAAUAGACCUUGGCAAUAGCUCGGUUAUAUGUGACCCUGGACAAGUCAUUUAAGUGCUUAGGGCUCUAGGCAAUUCUCUAAGCCUCAAAGGAGAAAGUGCAAUGGCAGAGGGCUUUUCCUGUCCAGAUCCAGAGACCUACACCCUUACACAAGAGAUUCAGUGGCUAAUUUUCACAAUGCUGUUUCAAUAGUGACUCCAUUUGAGGGUUUUUUUGGUCGAAUUUCCAAUUUCCAAAUGUCCAUAUUUCCAUAUAUUUCCAUGCUUUUUAUUUUGUUAGACUAUAGGGUGUACAGACUGAGCCAUCUAGUGGUGGAAAUGGGUGUGGCCUCAGAAUUGGACUAGGAAAAUUUUAUCAUGAAACCAGAAAAUGAACAGCCCCUAGAGCAGUAAUGGGUGACCUUUUGAGCUUGGUGUGUCAAAAUUCGCCAAAAAAUCGAGAAUAACUUGGGUGGUGUGUCACUUCGGAAAAAAAACCAUAAUUUUGUGAUAUUUAUAGUUUAAAUAACAAAAAUAUAUAAUUGUAAUAUACAACUAUUUAAUAAACCAAAAACUAAUUAUUUCA